AUGCGACAACAAGGGGACCAGAUUAGACAGCUCCAUGAGAUGAUGGCGCAACAGGCAGCGGCGGCGUUAGUGCCGAGGGAUCCACCCCCACCGGCUGCUCCUGUAGCACCACCUCCUGUGGUGGCGGCAACACCGGAGCGCACGCUGGCGGCGCUGACGACAUUCAAGCGAUUCAACCCUCCGACCUUCAACGGUGAUGUGAAAGACCUGUGGAUGACGGAGAGUUGGUUAGCCGUGAUGGAGGCCUUGUUCGAGGAUAUCUAUACCCUCGAGAAGGAUAAGGUUCACCUUGCGGCUCAUUAUUUUGAUGGGUCGGCUCGGCUGUGGUGGACUCAGGCAAAGAGAAAUCAUUCGUUGGAGCACGCUUCUGUUACUUGGGAGGCGUUUCGGGAGACACUGCUUAUGGAGUAUUUUUUCGAGAGCGACAACAGGAAAAUCAAGGAGGAUUUUCGGAAGUUAAGGCAAGGAGGCCGAUCAGUGCGGGAGUACGAGAGGGAAUUCACGCACUUGAUUAACUGCGUGCCGGGCUUGACCACCGGGUUAUCGCUUGCCCACAGCGAGAGGGGCGGUGUUUUUGGUGUGGCCAGGCGGGCCAUAUAG